CUACAAACCAAAAUCCCGGAAAAUGUUGCCAUUUUUCCCCUCGUUGAGGCCGGCCAUCGCCAACAAUUUGUGGUUCGCGGCGGACGAGUGCUGUGACGAGGACGCGGAAGUGAACGCGAUGGAGCAGGAGCACCAGGAAUGGUUGAACCGGAUUUCGCAAAUCGGCGCCAACCUGGUUCCGAUUGGGAAGAAUGUGAACGAACACACCGACAAUAUUGACUCGGAAGAUGAGGAUGCCAACGACGAAAGCGACGACUCGGACAACUCGGACGAGGACGACGAAGACAUGGACGACAUCAAUAAUGCGGCCCGGGCGAACGUAAUGGAACCGGCCUACAACAACACCGACGACGAGAUCCAGCCGAACGAUACGCUCUAGAGGAGGAAGAGGGCUUGUGAUUAUAUUUAGUGAUGUGUAUCAUUUUGGACGUUUCAGUUAAUAUACGUUAUAUAUCUCACUUUAUUUUGUAAUAACUAGAAAAAAGAACUAAAAAUACAUUUACGUUUUCUUCUGGGUAAAGAAGUGUGUGUGUGUUUUUUUUUCUUUUGUAUGUGUUUUGUGUGGGUUCCGUUCCGACUCUACUCAAUCGUUUCUCACUGCUUUCAAAAUUACAUGUCCCUACCGUAAUUCCAAUCUGCUCAAGUAUGUAGAAGAUUUUGGAUCGUUUAUAAGAAAUGCAUCUACACCGAUUGACUUUCCGAGUUUUUGUUUUCUUUCUUCAAAAUUCAGGAUUUGGAAAGCCAUCACAUGUUCUAUAUUGCGGGCGGGCGGGCGGGGUUUGUGGGCUACCUUACAAUCUACUAAUAAAUGUGUGUUUAUGUGUGCAAAACUUGGGGGAGGGUGUGUCCGAUUACAAGUCCCAAAAUAAAGAAACAAUACUCGCCUAAUUCAAUAUUUCUUUCACAAAGUGCACAACUCUAACUUUUUUUUUGUUUUUGCUUUUUUUCCAUGUUACAUGUGUGUUGUGUAAUGUUUUGAACUUUUACAUGUGGUUUUACGAAUCUGCUCUUAAAAUGUUGAUGUUUUACUCUUGCUGUGUUUGUGUUAUACAUAUUUUU